AUGCCUGAAAAUCCUGCUGCAGAUAAACAGCAGGUACUGCAGAUCCUUGAUCGUCUGCAAGCCAAACUGCAUGAGAAAAGGGAUUCCCAACAUAAUGAAAACCUGACUGUUUUACGUAACACACUGAGGAGCCCUUUGUUCAACCAGAUACUGACCCUUCAGCAAUCCAUCAAACAACUGAAGGAACAACUCAAUUAUAUGCCUCCUGACCGUUCAGUAGAUUUUGAUUUUACUAAGAGAGGGCUGCUGGUGUUUGCUGACAAAUCGGUUGCUGCUGGCAGCGUGGGUACACCUUGCGGUUCACCUGAACCCAAAGCAUCUACCUUCACUUCAAACCUGGGAGUUAAUGAGUUUAACGCGAUCAUCCAACAGAUGGCAAAGGGGAGACAAAUAGAAUCAAUAAAGAUUGAAAAGCCUUCUGUUGGAGGUCUUGGAUUUAGUGUGGUUGCCCUUAAAAAUCACAGCUUGGGAGAAGUUGGUAUCUUUGUCAAGGAAGUCCAGCCAGGAAGCAUAGCUGACAGGGAUCAAAGACUAAAGGAAAAUGACCACAUACUGGCCAUUAAUUGCACCCCAUUGGAUCAGACCAUUUCCCAUCAGCACGCUAUUGCCCUCCUCCAGCAAGCCACAGGAUCUCUGCAUCUGGUUGUUGCUAGGGAGCCAGUUCAAGGAAACAGCAGAACUUCGGCUGUCUUAUUAAGUGAUAUAAAUCCACCUGAGACUAUUCACUGGGGCCACGUUGAAGACGUUGAGCUGAUUAACGAUGGUUCAGGAUUAGGCUUUGGAAUUGUAGGAGGAAAGUCGAGUGGAGUAGUUGUAAGAACAAUUGUUCCUGGAGGAUUAGCAGAUCGGGAUGGGAGGCUUCGGACGGGUGAUCACAUCUUACAGAUUGGAGGGACUAAUGUGCAAGGAAUGACGAGUGAACAAGUUGCCCAGGUGCUGAGAAACUGUGGGAAUUCUGUGAGGAUGAUCGUUGCACGAGACCCAAAGUGUGAAAUUACAGAGACUCCGCCAACUCCUGUGAGCUGGCCAGUCAGCACAUUACCUUCUUUUCAAAAUGGAAAUGAUAGUACCAACCUUUUUGAGACCUAUGAUGUUGAACUUAUAAAAAAGAAUGGGCAAAGCCUGGGCAUAACAAUUGUUGGAUACGCUGGCACAAGUGAUGUAGAACCUUCGGGGAUUUUCGUGAAAAAUAUAAUACCAGGUAGCGCUGCUGACCACAACGGCCAAAUUCACAUUCAUGACAAAAUUGUUGCUGUUGAUGGAGUUAAUAUACAGGAUUAUACCAACCAAGAAGUGGUAGAGGCAUUGCGUAAUACAGGACAGACUGUGCGCCUUACCUUACUUAGAAGGAAACCUUCCUCUAUUAUUUCUUCAGAAAGACCUACAGAUAGAGUGCAGCCAGCUGUUCCAGCCUUUGUGUCCUCUGGAGCUGUGGGGACUGAAACUAGUCUGGACACUAAGAAGGAGGAAGACCAAAAACAGAAGGAUAAUCUUCAAAAAGACAAGAAGCAGAGUCUACAUAAAACAGGAAGAGUCCCACUCCCUCCCGCACAUGAGCUGAAAUCCAAGUGGGAAAACCUGCUGGGACCUGAAUAUGAAGUUAUGGUUGUGAAUGUGGAUAUGCCCAUUACAGAUGAUUUGGAGCUCCAGAAGUACUCAAAGCUACUGCCCAUCCACACUUUGAGAUUAGGAGUUGAGCUUGACACCUUUGAUGGACAUCAUUAUAUAUCAUCAAUUGCUUCUGAUGGCCAGGCUGCAACACUCGGUCUUCUGCAAAUGGAGGAUGAACUUCUAGAGGUAAACGGAGUUCAGCUCUACGGCAAAUCACGGCGUGAGGCAAUCACUUUUCUAAAAGAAGUGCCACCCCCAUUUACAUUGGUUUGCUGUCGGCGACUUUUUGAUGAUGGCAACGAGUCUCUCGUGGAUGAACCCACUGUGGGAGUUUCCCCUCCAGAAGAAAAGGAGAAACCCGAGGAAGACAAUCCUGAGGAAGAAGAAGGGGAAUUGGCAUUGUGGUCUCCCGAUGUGAAGGUUAUUGGACUGGAGAAAGACAGGAAUGGUUUAGGAUUCAGCAUUUUAGACUAUCAGGAUCCCUUAGAUCCGACAAGAACCGCCAUUGUGAUCAGCUCUUUGGUGGCAGGUGGAGUAGCAGAACGUGGGGGCGAGCUUUUACCUGGCGACCGCUUGGUGUUUGUAAAUGAGAAAUAUUUGCACAGUGCCACUUUAGCAGAGGCGGUGGACGUGUUGAAAUCUGUGCCCCCGGGUACAGUUUCUCUUGGAAUCUGCAAGCCUUUGGUGGGAGGAAACAGAGAACAGCAGAACAUGCACGAUGUGGAUUCCAGCAGCAUUAAAACCAGCCCUGGAUCUCCAGAACCAAUAGAUAAUAUUAAUUUCUCAGUAAUACUUGAAGCACCACAGGGUUUCAGGGAUGAAACACCUUUUAAGGAAGAAUUUGUUGAUGAACCCAGUUUGGACUUGGCAAGGUCAUUUCAGCUUUCUCGAAAUGACAGUGAGUACGAGAAGGAGUCCUGGGAGAUGCAUGAAUUUCUGAAACCCAGAACGGAAGAAAUGGAUGAGGAACGGGAAAUGUUGGUGGAUGAUGAGUACGAAGAAGAUUUGGACUUCCUGAAAUAUAAUGCAUCGUGUGGACAGAAGGCAGCUUCAGAGGGCAGCCUUGAUCUAGAACGAUGGACAAAACAACUGGAGACGACUGAAAUGCAAGACUUGAGAUCCAGUGUUAACUUAAGUCCAAAACAGUCCCUGGAAUACCCAUUCAAUAAAGACCAAAUGAGUGAAGAAAAUGCUACUGCAAGUUCACUGUUUUCUGGAACCGCAGCACAGAGUGGCUCCCCAAAAGACAUAUCUGAUAAUGAAACUACCCAGUCAGGAACAAAAAAGAAGUCGAAUUUAGGUACAAAGCUUUGGAUUGACUCUAAAGAACCUGGGCUUCCUGAUGAUCUGGAAUCUAUUGAAAAGGAAGAACUAAAAGAAGAGGACUAUGUUUUAUCCAAAAACCUGGAAUCUGGGAGAGUAACCACCUUAGCUCAGCCUAGAGCAGCGUUGUGCAGUGAAUUACCUGAGAGAGAAGAAGGAGAAGGAGAAGAAACUCCAAACUUCAGCCACUGGGGACCACCACGGAUUGUUGAGAUCUUCAGAGACCCUCAUGUGUCUCUUGGAAUCAGUAUUGUUGGUGGACAGACUGUCAUAAAGCGCCUGAAGAAUGGAGAAGAGCUUAAAGGGAUCUUUAUCAAACAAGUUUUGGAAGACAGCCCAGCAGGAAGAACAAAGGCUUUAAAAACCGGAGAUAAAAUACUUGAGGUUUCUGGGAUAGACCUACAAAAUGCCACGCAUGAGGAAGCAGUAGAAGCUAUCAAGAGUGCAGGAAAUCCCGUCGUGUUUGUAGUUCAGGGUUUGUCCAAUGUACCGAAAGUGGUUUCAGCUGUACAGCCUAAGGGAAUCAAAGUCAGCAAAGAUCAGGAUGCAGACAAAGAAAAUAAGAGUGAAAAG